AUGCCAUGCAACGCCCACUUUUUGCAGGGGAAGUUCAAGAAAACGCAAAAGGUACUUAAGCUGAAGAGGAUCAUCAACCCAAAAGACAGCAGGCUUCAACAGAACGGCCAAAAGGAAGUAAAAAAAAAUAUUCACAAAAAUGACGAGAAGGUAAAACAAGUAACCCAGAUAGAUAGUAACCUAUUUUUUAAUUACAAUGAAAAUCUGAGUCCACCAUAUAAUAUAAUCCUUGACACGAACUUUAUAAACUCCAGCAUACAAUAUAAGUUGGACAUAAUAAAAGGCUGCUCAGAAUUGCUGUUAGCCAAAUGCAAUAUCUACGUGACAGACUGCGUUGUGGCGGAAAUGGAAAAACUUGGCCAGAGAUUUUCCCUGGCCCUAAAAAUACUAAAGGAUCCAAGAUAUAUCAGACUGACCUGCACCCAUAAAGGGACUUAUGCAGAUGACUGCAUUGUCAACCGGGUCACUGAAAGCCGCUGCUAUAUCAUUGCAACCAACGAUAGAGAUUUGAAAAUCAGGUUAAGAAAAAUUCCGGGCGUUCCCAUUUUAUAUGCCAAAAAUUUUAAGUACAGAAUUGAGAGGCUUCCGGAUAAUAUAAUGAUAUGA